CCUUGCUGUCCAAUUGCAUUUUGCCACGCCAGAAAAUGUCACCUAUCUGGGGAAAGCGCGGUCUGCGGAGUAAAACGACGUCGUCCCUUCCUCCCCUUCGGCGUUAAGUUUAAAAUAUUUAAUAUCCCCCUAUAAAAGGCCGCUUUCACUUUCCGCCGCCAACGGUGGAAAUCGGAUUGGAGGAGAAGCAAACGGGACGCUUGGACCUGUUGAAUAGCAAAGAGAAUAUGCAAAACAGUGUCGUGAUGAUGGCGGAAACGAAGCCCGUACCACGAGUAGGGGUGGUAUUGUUCGUGUUAAAAGGAAACUCGGUCCUGUUGGGGCGCCGCCGCUCCUCCAUCGGUGACUCCACCUUCGCUCUCCCCGGCGGCCACCUCGAGUUUGGAGAGAGCUUUGAGGAGUGCGGUGCUAGAGAGCUGAAGGAGGAGACCGGGUUGGAAAUGGGUAAAGCAGACUUCUUAACAGUGACCAACAACCUCUUCCUGGAGGAACCCAAGCCCGCCCAUUACGUUACCAUCUUCCUGCGUGCAGUGUUGGCGGACCCUAAUCAAGUGCCACAAAACCUGGAGCCAAACAAGUGCCAUGGCUGGGAUUGGUAUGAUUGGGAUAAUCUUCCCCAGCCUUUGUUUUGGCCAUUGGAGAAGAUGGUACGAUCUGGCUUCAAUCCCUUUCCGUCGGAAUGCGUUUUAGGACUGGAUGGUCAAUGAGUCAUAUAAGGUGGACUUAUAAUAUAUAGUAUUGAAAUACCUACCCCCCAUACGAGUACGGUGAAGAACCCUGGUUAAGAUUUGAGUAGAUGUAUUCAAAGCUGAGUUGGCUUUUUCUGAGUUAGUUUUCAUGGAGCUUGGUGGCACUGUCAACAUAUCUACAUUGUACUCACCAAUAAUUGAUCAAAGUUAUUUUGGCUGAUUCCUGUUUCUCUUU